UCCACUGACUUUCACUUCGAUGUUGUCUUGUUGGAAGGAGUUCUGGGGUUGCCCAGGGUUGCUCCAGCGAGAACAACACGAAUGACAUCCUAAUGCUCGAGCUCCAACGCAGAAGGAGGGUCGGAUCAUGCGCAUGCCUAGAGUGCAGGACGAAUGCACUGACAGAUACACUCUUAGGAGAAAAAGCCGUCAGGAGAGGAGGGGCAGACCAAGGACCUUGGAUGAGAGCAAAUGUCGGCGAUGGACGCACCCAGCCGGGAACGUCACACCAUUGAAAGGCUUCAUGCCGUGUUUCCAUCAAGAUCACUGGAUGAACCUUCACGAUCUCUUGAACUCGUUUCGACGGUCGUUGUGUAGCCAUCGCUGCGAAGCAAGAGAGAAAUCGGAGCGAGGGGCCAAGCGAUACAACGUAGUUUGUUUUUGCCAGCAGAACCCUCACUUGAUGCAGCCGAUUGGGAAGACCAUCGGCGGCUGUGGCAUGGGAUGCUAGGUACCGUGGUCGCCAGGAUGAAGUUGUCGAGAGGGAAUGAGGUCAUUGCUUGGCGGGCGGUUCCGACCCUACCACACACCUUGGUGGUAGCUGACGUGCUACUUCGCGUUGGCUCUCGCGCGUUGGCGCGAAGGCACGCGGUCAACGACGCCGGCAUCGUGGCUGAACACACGCCGUGUCCAUCAUUGGGAAUUUCACAUGUUUGAAAUGUCCAUCCAUUUGUCCGAUUAAGGAAGUCCGGACACUGCCAGUCAGUCAACUUCGUUGUUUGAGCAUGGCUGGCGCGGCGGCGGACGAGUUGACCGUGCGCCGUCCCCUCUCCUUCGCUCGAUGCCUUGCAAAGCUUCUUGCCUUGGCUGUGACGACGCCCAUCAGACGACUCUUGGGAUACAAGCCUCCUGUGGACGGAUGGACAAUCCAGCACGAGAUCGCCGUCGCCUUCUUACGCUACUCCCUCGUGACGGACAAUGCGUCGGCUCGCCGCAACGAGUCCAGAUUGAUCUACAUAGCGAACCUCCAGCUAAAGACACAGCUCGUUCCGAUGGAAGCCCCGGGCUUCCGCGGUGUGUGGUACGGCGGUCCGACCAACGACGCCGACGCGACCAUCCUGUACCUUCACGGUGGAGGGUACGCUCUGUGCGAUUCAGCGACGUACGCUUUAGCCAACCAUGCCAUCCAAGUGACUGCGAGCACAACCAGUGGCAAGCAUGUCCGCGUGCUAGGACUCGAGUACUCCCUCGCCCCUGAAGCCAAGUUUCCGACCCAAAUGAACGAAGCACUGGCAGCGUACUCGUACCUAGCCAACGACAGCAACAAGCCCAUCGUGUUGAUGGGCGAUUCAGCCGGCGGCCACUUGGUGUUGCAACUUCUCUUGGCGUUAAAGACUCCAGAGUGGUCGCACUUGCGCAAGCCGCAGGCAUCCGUCGCAGUGUCCCCAUGGUGCCAAAUGAACUUGUCCCCGCUUCCAAUCUCGUACACGACCAACAGCGCGACGGACUAUGUCCAAUUGAUUAACAUUCGGCACUACAACAACGACCUCUUGCCCGACAACGUCUCGGUCACGAAUCCUUCGCUGAAUCCAUUGAACGGCGACUUUCGAGGGACUGGGCCUGUGCUCGUCCACUACGGCGGCAAGGAAGUGUUUGCGAGCGAAAUCGAGCAGCUCGUUGAGGUGCUCCAGCGACAGGACGUGGACGUGACGGUGGUCAAGGAGCCGCUGGCGCCGCACAUCACGCCGAUGCUCCCGUCUUUCUUUGGAGCGAUGGCCGUCAAGGGCCAACAAACGAUUGGAAAAUACAUCGGCCAACAUGUCAAUUCCUAAACGAGCUACGGCGCAACAGAGCAAGGCCAUUCAUGCAUCUUCCAAGGAGAAUGCUAUCCAGAUAACGAAAUCCCACGACGCCAUCGAUGGCGG